AUGGCAUUCACAAAGCCGUAUCCACACCGACACGGAAUGCCGUCGUUCUGGCGGACAUCUCUGGGAGAGCUUGACACUUUCCGUUCCUCAGAAAACGUCCCCGAAACCACGGACAUCGCCAUCAUCGGAGCCGGGUUUUCGGGGGGUUCUCUAGUAACUCAUCUUCUUUCAACAGAGGAAGGCCGAGGGAAAAGCAUCCUCGUCCUCGAGGCCCGGGAGCUAUGUUCCGGCGCAACGGGGAGGAAUGGCGGCCACAUGAAGCCAGAUGCUUACAAUAUGACGUCUUUCCUUGCUUCGAAAUUUAAUCUCGCAGCGGCCGAAGAGGUAGCGGAGUUCGAGGUAGCCAAUGCAAAAGCUGUCGAAAAAUACAUUAGAGGGUUAAAGGUAGAAUGUGAAUACUUUACCACCCGAGCUGUUGACGUCCAGUUAUCAGGGUCACACAAUGCAGCCCUUCGAGCUGGAUAUAAAAGUCUCCAAGAUCAAGGUGUUGCAUCAACUCAAGACGUCUUCUAUAUGGACGGGCCAGAUGCAGAGAUGAUUUCAGGGGUCAAAGGGGCCAAGGGCGCUUUCAGCUAUACCGCUGGCCAUGUAUGGCCAUACAAAAUGAUCCAUCACAUGUUCUCGCAGGCUAUCAAGUCGGGAAUCAACCUACAAACGAACACUCCUGUCAUUUCAGUGUCAGAUACACAAGACAACCAAGGAUAUUGGGAAAUCAGAACGGAAAGGAGCAAUGUUCGUGCCAAGCAAAUCAUCAUGGCAACAAAUGCUUACACGGCUGCUUUGCUACCGGAAUAUCAGGACAAAAUCAUUCCCUACCGGGCCAUCUGCAGUCGUAUUGUGACGCCUAAUCCUCCGCCUAUUCUUCCAAACACUUAUACCAUUCGAUUCAAUGAAUGGGACUUCGACUACCUAAUUCCUAGGGCAGAUGGCAGCAUUGUCGUGGGAGGGGCACGAAGGGCGUACCUGCAGCACCUUGAUGACUGGUACGGUAAUGUUGACGACAGCUCGCUCAUAAAAAGAGCGGAAGGCUACUUCGACGGUUAUAUGCAGCGUCAUUUCCGGGGCUGGGAAAACAGCGGCGCAGUAACCGAUCAGGUAUGGACGGGCGUUAUGGGCUAUUCCUCUGAUCGACUUCCUCGAAUCGGAGCCGUGCCUGGUCGGAAUGGAAUCUUCAUUAUGGCAGGUUUCACUGGCCACGGGAUGCCUCAAAUCUUCCUCGCCGCGAAAGGGAUUAGCCAGAUGGUGACUAAGGGAUGCCCUUAUUCUGAAUCUGGAAUACCUGCCGUGUUUGAAGAGACGGAGACAAGACUUUCCAGCAAAGAAAACUUCGUAAUGGAUCUGUACAACAACCUUCCCCUAAACCCCAGGAUAUGA